CAAAUCAGAGCCAAAACAUUCACAGAGUAGUUCAGUAGUAACAAUUUUAUGUACCUUUUUUCUCACUCUCUAGAAACGAAACAAAAUUCCAAAUAAACCAAAUUCAAUAUAUAUUUAUAUAUAUAUCCAUUGAGCGCUAAUUUUGUGGGUUAAGUGCAUAAAUGUCGAAGGCAACCAAGCUGCGAUUCGCACUGAUCACCGAGGAUGCGCUGGACAAGCUGAGGCCUCGCUCCCAGUCGGAAAAUGCGCGUUCCAAGUACAUGAAUGACAUAUACGUGGCCAUCCGGACGGCGGUCAACGAGGUGGUGGACGAGAAGAUGCUCCAGCUGAAUGCCACCGUCAAUCGAAUGGUCGAGGAGCGUGUGACCAACAUACUGGAGCACCAAUUGCACAAGGGCUCGUUGGCCGGACGCAGUGGCUUUGUGGGCAGGAAAAGGGAUAUGGAUUCCCCACUCUCCAGCAAGGACAAAGAACACAAGGCGACAAAGCCAGCCGCUCCAGUUGAAUCCAUAAGCUCACUGCGAUUUUCCAAUCUCAAAUACGGACGCAGCAGGAAGCAUAAUCCCAGCACCAAGGAGCAUGUGACCUUCGCACCCGACGAUCAGCUGACCAAGAGAAGCCGCGCCAAGGCGCAGAAGAUCACCGUGAUGCCCAGCCAUCGGGAGAACCAGCUGAAGGGCACCUCCUCCAACAGCGACAGCAAUCCCAACCAGAAUCCACCGAUGGCUACAACUCCGGCGCCACUCAGCAUGGAUCACAAUAAGUUGGAUGAGGACGAUUACGAUAACUUCUCCGAUGUGGAGGAGCCCUCCAUUCUCAGCAUGGCUGCCAGGUAUCUCAAGAAACUCGAGGAUGCCCGCCGUCGAAAGCAUUUGCAGUAGUAGUACCCAGUAUAAUACCCUGUACUUCAAAUUGUUUUCAAGGAUCCCCCGACUUUCGUAGGAUACUUCUUCAUAUUUCCUUACCUCGUCAACUCAAUUCUUGAAGUGAGCGUGUGGACAACCAUUAAAUAAUGGCAAUGGGUAGAAUGAGUAAAUAAAUUAAAUUAAAUACACUUGAAAGUAAUCGAAUGCCUACAACAAUAUGCAUUUAAUAUUGCAAAUAUGAGAGGGCAAGGUGGAAGCCAUAAAGCGAGGCCAUCUUCAAAGGCCAUCCCAUUGGCUUAACCCCCGGCAAACAAAUUACCAUUUCUGCUAGUUUCCAUAUCCAUCGCAACCACAUUCAAUCGGCAAAAAAAAAAAAAAAAAAAAUGGAAAAUGUAGAAAUACCCACCGUUUAAUCCAUGAAAUAUGUAAAGUGAAAAAUUGAAUCGCAAGCAAUUGUAAAAA